AUGCAUCAUGUCCCUGUGAACAUUGGUCUCCUUCUCUUCCUCCUCUUUCAACUUCUGACCUCAGCUGACCUGGAGGAGACAGAGCUCAUGGACGUGGAGGUCGUGAUCAGCAGGACACCCUGUAGCGCCACCUGUGGGGUGGGGCUUCAAACUGAGAUGCUGUGUUUCCUCAGAGGUGGAGAGAAAGUCCUGGAAGAAGCACCAGGAGGUCAAAGUGACCUUGAGGUGUCAGACAAGUGUCGGGUCCGUAAGGUAAAUUGUCUACAGAUGUGGUGGUGUGGACUCAAGACCUUCACUGUGACUGUAGGAGACAGAGUGGAGCUCAACUGUCUGCAAGAGGUCUUGGAAGACAAGGGGAGGUUCUCCUGGAGGGUGAUUUGGCGUUUUGCUAAAGGGCUCAUCACUCCUGAGGAUGCUCUGUUUGCUCAUCUCAAGGCUCCUAUGAUGGACCGGGUGAUUCUAGAUCCAGUCACAGAGAGUGAUGCAGGUACCUAUCGCUGCACUGUGCUGGACUCCGGCUUCCGCAGGGUGAAGAGGAUCGAGUGGGGGAUCCGGGUUCUGCCUGUUGGGUUUAUGGAUCUGCAGUACCACAGCUCUCAGGAAGACUGGGACCAGCAGAACCAGACUGUGACCUCAACCCAGCAAAACAAGGAGAGAACUGCACUUAAAGUGGUAUGUUUUAAUUUGAAUUAUUUUAGAUUACUGUCAUCCUGCUUGAUUGGUUGAGGCUCAGUCUGUCAGAAGGACCUUCGGCAGUGAAUUAACUGAUUAUUUUUGCA